GCAGAAAUCCAGAAAGAAACCCAUUUUACGCAAUAGCAAUAUUCUUCUUCUUCCAUUAAACCCAUUUUCCAAAAAUAAACGCCACGUAUCACCAAACAGCUCCAAGUUCUACUCAAAUUGAAAACCACACCAGGGGUUGAAAUGAAUGGUGCUUCCUCAUCCAGUGGUAUAAGAGCUGCUUUAUCCUAUUGUGUGCAGCAAGUACGAAGGUAUGAUUAUCAUCACUACCUCUGCCUUCUUGAACUUCCACCAAACAUGCGGAAGGCUGCAUUUGCUCUCAGAGCUUUCAAUGUCGAGACAUCCCGAGCUAUGGAUGUCGCCUCUGAUCCAAAAAUUGGUCUUAUGCGCUUGCUGUGGUGGCAGGAAGCUUUAGGCAAGAUCUAUUCGAACAAGGUAAUUGAGCAUCCAGUAGCUCAGGCCCUCACUACUGUUGUAUCUGAGCACAAGGUUAGCAAAAGUUGGCUGAAACGAGCUGUGGAAGCUCGAAUAAACGAUGCAAAUAGAGAAAAUAAUGAUAUUCCACAAACUGUUGAAGAGUUGGAGCAAUAUGCUGAGGACACGUCUUCGACUAUUCUCUACUCUACACUUCAAGCAGGUGGUAUUAAAUCCACAGCGGCAGACCAUGCUGCUUCACAUAUCGGUAAGGCAAGUGGUCUCCUUUUGCUGCUUAAAUCACUGCCGUAUCAUGCUAGUAGAAACCAUCAGUUUUCAUAUAUACCAGCUAAGGUGGCUGAGAAACAUGGAUUGUCGGUUGGUCAGUCGGAGAUCAGAAAGGACUCGCGUGAGGCCCUUUGUGAUGCGGUAUUUGAAAUGGCAUCUGUAGCUAAUGCACAUCUUCAGAAGGCUCGAGAAUUAGCUGGAAGUGUUCCAGCUGAAGCUCGACCUGUGCUUUUGCCUGCUGUGCCUGUCCAGGUCAUUUUAGAUUCUUUGGCUCGGGUGCAGUUUGAUGUAUAUGAUCCACGGCUGGCACGUGGAAUCUUAGGUGCUCCACCUUUGUUGUUUCAGUUGAAACUGAAAUGGUAUUCAUGGAGGGGUAAAUAUUGACAUUACCUUUAUGGCUCUGCUGGCUCUUUUUGAGUAGAUUGGAAAUGUUAAGUGUGGAUGAAUGGUUCAUCCCUUUAUAGAGCAUGUGUGUUGAGCAAUUUUUUAUGUCUAAGCUAACCACUGACUAGCAUUACAAAUAGGAAUUUUUGUAUGAGUAAUUGAAUCCUCGCAUGAAUAAAAUGAUGAUUCUAUGGUUGGUGUUUCA